AAAAUGCACCUGUGGACGAGUAUAACCUUGAUCGUUUAGAAAAGAUUCCAUCACCCCAUUACAUAUUAAAAGCUGUGGAUCAACUCCCACCCCAUGUUAGAAAACAGGAUAUAGAAAGAGUAUUGUCUAAAGGUAGAUCUCAAACUGGAGGACUUGAUACUGAAAUUAUGAUCAAGGAAAAUGCAAGAGUUAUGCUUACAAAUAAUGUAGAUAUCAUAGACCGAUUAAUAAAUGGCCAGUUAGGUACAGUGGUCAGAGUUGCUGUUGACAGUGUAAGCAAUAAACCCUCUACUAUUUUUGUUAAAUUUGAUGACAGAAAUGCUGGAAUUUCUGCUAUUCAAAAGUCCUCCAGUAGUUUUGCGAGAGAAAACAGUGUUGUUCCCAUCCAACCUGUGCUAGCAAGAAUUAAAGUCAGACCUGGAAAGCCAUCAUCUCCUGAAAUACAAAGACUACAAUUUCCUUUAACUCUUGCAUGGGCAUGCACUGUGCAUAAAGUACAAGGAUUAACUCUGGACAAUAUUGUUGUUAGUUUUGAUUUAAAAAGGCAAAGGUAUUUUAACCAUGGUCAAGUGUAUGUAGCACUGAGUCGAGCAACAUCUUUAAAUGGCCUACAUAUUCUAGGAACUCUUGAAAAUAAGCAUAUUCGAGCAAAUCCAAAAGUCCAGGAAGAAUAUGAAAGAUUGCGCGAAAUUUCAAAUCUCCAACCACAACUAACAACUGCAGACUUAUCUAACAAAGAUACUUUCUCUAUUUGUAUUUUGAAUAUCAGAUCAUUUAAGAAACACAGUUUGGACUUAAUUAAUGACCCAAUCUUGUCAAAAUGUGACAUACUUGCACUUACAGAGACGCAGCUUUCAAGCAAUGUUGAAAAUUGUGAAAUGAACUUGAUUCUAAAAGAUUUUUCUCUGCACAGACAAGAUCAUCAUUCGGAUAAGUUCUUAAGUUUAGCUGUCUGCUACAAAGAAACUGUUACACUUAAUGAAACAGAAUAUUUCAGUUCAAUAAAUGGUUUAAAAUUUGUAAUUUAUAUAUCAGGUAAUAAUUUAUCUUUAUCCUGCUUAUUACUUUAUCGUAAGCAUGGAGGUAACAUUCAGCAGUUCAUAGCUGGCCUAGAUUACAUAAUAAGAAGCUGUGAUAUUGAUAUUAUAUUUGGUGAUUUUAAUAUUGAUUAUUUUAAUGAUAACAGUAAUUCUUCAUUGAAAGAACUUGCUGAGUCUUUAAACUAUGUGCAACUUGUAAAUAAACCAACAUUUAUUUCAUCCGGAAGUGUUCUAGAUCAUGUUUAUGUAAAACAGUCAAUAUGCAACACAAUAGAAGCAAAUGUUGUUAAGUGUAUAUUAUUCUGA